UUCAGGUUGAUGGAAAACUACACCUACAACAGCCCCACAUUGCAGCUGGAGUGGUUAAAUGUCUCAAAGGAUUCUAUGUACCCUUUGUUUCUCUUUCUCUUUUUCUCAUAUAUGUUUAUAAUUGUUGCAAAUGCUGGAAUUGCUUUUGUUGUUUUCAUUGAAAAAACCCUUCAUCAGCCCAUGUAUUUCCUUUACUGGAACCUGUCAGUCAAUGACAUCCUUGGAAAUUCUGUCAUAGUGCCCCGUUUGCUUAUAGACAUGUGGCAGCCUGCCUCUGAACGUAUCAUCAGUUAUUAUGAGUGUGUGAUCCAGGCUUUCACCACACAUAUGUUCAGUACCACUUCCCACACUGUGCUCAUGAUUAUGGCCUUUGACAGAUAUGUUGCCAUCUGCAAUCCCCUGCGCUACGCUGUCAUCAUGACUGACAAAAUGUUGAUCAAGCUGACAGUUUUUGCCUGGGGAGUGGCCUUUGUUUUGGUUGGGAUUCUGCUCGGUCUGACCAUACGGCUGAACCGAUGCAGGACUUUGAUUGGGAGCAUUUAUUGUAACAAUGCUGCAUUGUUUAAACUCUCUUGUGAAAGUGUUUUCAUUAAUAAUAUCUAUGGCCUCACUUUCACUGUAGUUCUGUUUACUGGUUCUAUAGGCAGCAUGGUUCUCACCUAUACUAAGAUUACAGUAAUCUGUCUAACUAGCAAUAACAAGUCUUUAAACAGUAAAGCCUUGAAGACCUGCAGCACUCAUCUGGUUGUGUAUCUGAUUUUGCUGUUCAGUGGAAUGACUAUCAUUACUCUGCAUCGUUUUCCCCAGUUGUCAGAAAGCAGAAAAAUGGUUGCCCUUUUAUUUCAUGUUAUCCCUGGCAGCCUCAAUCCUAUUAUUUAUGGUAUGCAGUCCAAAGAGAUACGAAGAUUUUUGUCAAAGGUUUUUGAUCUCAAGAAGGUUUUUCCAUUGUGA